AUGUCCAAGCUCGUAUCGGCGCUCAAACGCACAAAGGGCGGCGCGGUCCUCGUGGACGUGUUCGACUGGUAUCCAUCACACUACCCGGCACAGGAGCGCCGCCUGCUACGAAAACUCGACUGCACCAUCCUCAUCUUUGCGUGUUUGUCGUUUUUCUGCAAGUUUCUCGACCAGUCGAAUGUCACCAACGCAUAUGUUUCUGGCAUGGAGGAGGAUAUUGGGGCGUACGGGAAUGCCCUCAACUACUUUAAUGUGGCAUUCUACACGGGUUACGUGGUGGGACAGAUCCCACUUAUGGCGCUGCAGACGCGGCCGCGCAUCGCGCCGUACUUGCUGCCCACGCUCGAAGUCGUGUGGGCGAUAUUGACUUUUGGCGAGUCACGCAUCCAGAAACCGGCGCACCUGUACGCCAUCCGCGCGCUGAUCGGCUUCUUUGAAGCGCCAAGCUUUGGCGGCACGCACUUUAUUCUCGGAUCGUGGUACCGGCCCGAGGAGCUGUUCAAGCGCGCGGGCGUGUGGUUUAUGGGCAACGCGGUUGGCCAAAUGUUCUCAGGAUACCUCCAGGCCGCGGCCUACAAAAACCUCAACGGUGUGCACGGGCUCGCCGGCUGGCGCUGGCUGUUCAUUAUCGACGGUGUCAUCACGCUCCCGAUCGCACUGAUCGGCUUUGCGCUGUUUCCCGGGAUUCCCAAUAGCCCGAAACGAUGGUUCCUCAGUGACGAAGAGUAUGAGCUUGCCCGCACCCGCAUGCCCAAGGACCAAGGUUACGACGACGGUAUCACCUGGGCGACCAUCAGGCGCACGCUCACGCGGCCCAUAUGGUGGAUCUGCGUCUCGGGCUAUGUAUGCAUGAUCCAGGGAUCGUACUGGCAGGGCUACAUGACCUUGUGGCUAAAGUCGAUCGGCUACGACGUGGUGCAUACCAACAUCCUUCCAACAAUGGUGCAACUCGUGCAGGCGUUGUCCUCGUGGCUUGGCACGACGUUUGCCGCCACCAUCGGCAUCCCCAUCCUCUGGGCGUGGGGAAACUUCUGGGGCGUCCUGGCCGCUGUCGUCCUCACUGUCUGGAACGUCCCCAACGGCCUCAAGUUUUUCGUCUGGUACGCGGCCGGCAUGACCGCCAUGAACAGCCCCAUCCUGUACUCGUGGAUCAACUCGUCGUUGCGCGACUCGCCAGCCGAGCGGGGCCUGAUCAUUAGCAGCAUGAUGACACUCGGAUAUUCGACGUACAUCUGGAUCCCUCUCUUCACGUUUCCAACGGUGGAGGCCCCGCGCUUCCCGAAGGGCUAUCCGGCAACGAUCGCGUUCAGUGUUGGCCUGUACACUAUUGUCCAGUUUGAAAAGGAUGCGGCGCUGGACGACGACGACGGAUCGGCGAGCAACAAGUCCGUGUCCGACGUGUUGUAUGGCAAGGAGACGGACGUUGAGGCCGCAGUCGCGGUCGCGGUCGUGCCCGUUUCCGCUACGGCCCGCCCCUCACACAGCGCCGUGACCGUACUGUGA